AUGCAAAUCUUUGAAGAUAUAGUACAAUAUUGUGAAGGCAAGAUCAAAGAUAAACAUUAUCAAAAAUCAAUCAUAGAAUUAGAACGGGAUAUGAGGGGUAUGGUUGAAAGACUUGGUAUGAUGCGCUAA